UUCAAAAAUAUCCCAAAAUUUGAAGAAGAAACUGAUGAUGUAAAUUAUCUCCAAACCAACCCUAAUGGAAGCUUUAGCAGAGGGAUUGUGGGAACUUGCUGAUUUUCAUGAACAAAAUGGAGAAAUUGGUAAAGCUGUAAAGUGUUUAGAAACUAUUUGUCAAAGCCAAGUUUCUUUCUUACCAAUUGUUGAAAUCAAAUCUCGUCUUCGAAUCGCUACUCUUCUCUUGAAAUACACUCAUAAUGUCAAUCACGCCAAAUCUCAUCUUGAAAGAUCGCAAUUACUGUUGAAGUCAAUCCCAUCAUGUUUCGAACUCAAAUGCCGAGCUUACAGCUUAUUAUCUCAGUGUUAUCAUCUUAUAGGAGCAAUUCCUCCUCAGAAACAGAUUAUCAACAAGGGUUUAGAACUUGCUUGUGCUUCUGGAGAUGGGUUUGCAGUGAAGUUAUGGUGUUGCAACUUUACUUCACAGCUUGCAAAUGCUUUGGCAAUUGAAGGAGAUUAUUGGGGUUCAAUUGCAGCUUUAGAACGUGGGUUUUCUUGUGCUGCUGAAAUGUACUACCCAGAGCUUCAGAUGUUUUUUGCAACUUCAAUAUUUCAUGUGCAUCUGAUGCAAUGGGAAGAUGUAAAUUCAGUUGGGAAUGCUGCAGUAAAAUGCAAUGAGAUUUGGGAAUUUCUUCAACCAGAUAAGAGACGUCAGUGCAUGGGUUUGUUCUUUUACAAUGAGUUGCUGAAUACAUUUUAUCAACUCCGAAUAUGUGACUACAAGACUGCUGCGCUGCAUGUUGACAAGUUGGAUGAAGCCAUGAGAAAAGAGAUGCAACAAGUGCAGCAGAUUAAGAACCUGACCGUAGAGCUGAAUACCAUAAAUGACAGUCUAUCUCAAUCUGAUCCCCAUAACAGGGAAAGAUUAGGUUUGUACGAAAAACAAACGCAACUACAAGAGCAGUUGCGUCAAGCUACUUUUUCCGCUGGCAUGGAAUCUAUGGGAUCAUUGUACUUGGGCAAUGCAAGACAGAUGUGGGAUAAGCUAGAGUUGGCGCCACCACCAAUUGAUGGAGAGUGGUUACCUAGAAGUGCUGUUUAUGCGUUGGUAGAUCUUAUGGUUGUGAUAUCUGGGCGUCCUAAAGGGCUAUUCAAGGAGUGUGGAAAAAGGAUUCAAUCAGGAUCGCAAUUGAUUAAAGAAGAGCUGUUGAAACUUGGAAUUACUGAUGGUGUGAGAGAGGUGAACUUGCAACAUACAGCUAUUUGGAUGGCUGGUGUCUAUUUGAUGCUUUUGAUGCAAUUCCUAGAAAACAAAGUUGCUGUAGACCUCACGCGGUCGGAGUUUGUUGAGGCACAAGAGGCGUUGCUGCAGAUGAAGAACUGGUUCAUACGCUUUCCAACAAUCUUACAGGGAUGCGAGAGCAUUAUCGAGAUGCUUAGAGGACAGUAUGCUCAUUCACUUGGUUGUUUUAGUGAAGCAGCGUUUCAUUUCCUUGAAGCAGCAAAGUUGACAGAGAGCAAAUCGAUGCAAGCUAUGUGCCAUGUUUAUGCCGCUGUUUCUCACAUUUGCAUUGGCGACGCAGAAUCAUCUUCCCAGGCACUAGAUUUGAUCGGACCUGUCCAUGCAAUCAUGGAUUCUUUUGUUGGAGUCCGUGAGAAAACCAGUGUCCUAUUUGCUUAUGGUCUUUUAUUGAUGAAGCGGCACAAUCUACAAGAAGCUCGGAUUCGACUAGCAAGUGGUUUGAGGAUCACACAUCAGCUUUUAGGGAAUAUUCAACUCGUAUCGCAGUAUUUGACAUUACUUGGGAGUUUAGCUCUCGCCCUACAUGAUACUACACAAGCAAGAGAGAUUCUCAAGUCGUCUUUGACAUUAGCGAAGACUCUUUAUGAUAUUCCAACACAGAUCUGGGUGGUUUCAGUUCUAACAGCUUUGCAUCAAGAAUUGGGCGAAAAGGGAAACGAAAUUGAGAACACUGAAUAUGCAAGAAAAAGAGGAAAUGAUCUACAGAAGAGACUUGCUGACGUUCGUUCUUCCAUUCAUCACAUGGAGCUGAUUGAGAAAGUGAAAAUUGAGGUUCACCAACUGCAUGAUACGGACAUCAGACGUGCUAAUGCGGGUCCAUCUUUAGGAGUUAAUCUUGACAUUCCCGAAUCAAUUGGUCUACCUGUGGCAAACUCUACUCCAAUAUCAAGACUAGUAAAUAUCGAUACAGGUCGGCUUGGUAAGAGGAAAUCUUAAUUUUAACUCUUUUACCUUUGUAAUUAUAGAUCUAAAUCUCAUGAAACAGAAAAUAGAAUGACACCUGCAUAAUUCUUGCUGAUUUUGUGCUUACCCUACAGCAAAAUUAUGUAUAGGUUGUAUUAAAUUUAUUUUUUGUAUAGUGGUUUAUUCAUGUUAGUCAAAAUGACACCUUCACUAUUAGGUACUGUGCUGUUUUUUUUUUCCUAAUGUCGGAAGCUCCUCGUUGCUCUUCCUUAGUCU